AUGUCUGCCGUACUUCGCAAGAUAUAUGUUCCUUGCAGAAAACACAUGAAUAGAGAUGAACCAGUAGCAGCAGUUAGUGAACUUUGCAUGAUGAUAUUGGCCUAUGCAGAUGGGAAGAUGGCGCAUCAAAGCAUCAUUGAUGCAACUGAGGAAUUCAAUUCCAGAUAUUGCAUUGGAACCGGAGGAAGUGCAAAUGUUUAUAAAGCUGAGCAUCCAACAGGUCAAGUUGUUGCUGUCAAGAAACUUCACCAAUCAGAAGAAGGUGGAAUGGUCAAUCUCAAAGCUUUUGAAAAUGAGAUUAAUGCGUUGGCUCAACUGCGACACCGAAAUAUUGUUAGAUUCUAUGGUUAUUGUUUGCACCCCAGACACUCAUUUUUGGUGUAUGAGUUCGUGGAAGGAGGGAGUUUGGCAAAGGUGCUAAGAAAUGAGUCAACAACAGCGGAGUUAGAUUGGAUUACCAGGGUGAACGUUAUUAAGGGAGUAGCAAAUGCUUUAUAUUAUAUGCACCACGAAUGCUUUCUUUCGAUAAUACAUCGAAAUAUAUCAAGCAAUAAUAUUUUGUUGGGUUCAGGCCAUAUAGUACGUGUUUCUGACUUUCGCACGGCCAGAAUCGUGAAGCCUAGCUCAUCCAACUGGACCUUAUUUGUAGGCACAUUCGGGUACUCAGCUCCAGAGCUUGCCUAUACGAUGGAAGCAAACGAGAAAUGUGAUGUCUACAGUUUUGGAGUUGUAACAUUGGAAGUGAUCAUGGGAAGGCAUCCAGGGGAUCUUAUCUCGUCUAUAUCAGCUUCAUCAUCUGACCUUCAAAAUUCUAUUCAAGGAUGUGUUGGACCAACGCCUUCCUCUUCCUACAAACGAAGUAGCAGAGGAAUUAGUCAGUAUUGCAAGGCUGGCAUUUCCUUGCCUUGA